CUUCUGAAUUCUCUGAGCUGCGUGACCAAUGAAAGCUUUCUAUCUGAAAUCAAUAUGGAGGAUUUCUUCAGUGCCCACCUUCCUGUCUACAGCAGCCCCUUGUUCCACCAAACUAUGUCCAAGUUCCACAGCCUGGUCGUCCUGACGGUCAAUUACAACUGCAUCUCUGAUGAAGUGCUGAACACCCUGCGGGAGCACAGCGCUCCUUCCCUGUGCACCUUGAAUAUCAAAUGUCAUAUCCGUGACCCUCACGGGCAAGUGGUCUGGGGAAUGUCGUGGGCAAACUUGGCCAAGAGAGCCCCAAAACUGAGCGUGAACUUCUUCUUUGAAAGAGUCAUGAAGCAUGACCACCUAGCCAGGAUCCUGCUCGUGGAGAUCCCGGUCAGGAGCGUCAGUCUACGGAGCUGCUUUUUCCAGGACCCCGACUGGAUGAUGAGACCUACCCUCACCAACCUCCUCCCAGCCUACUGGCAUGUUCUGCAG